AUGGACGCCUCCUCCCUCCGCAUCUCCAAGUUCGAUGGAACUAACUUCCACGCCUGGAAGUUCAAGAUGCAGAUGGUGCUGGAGGAACGGGACCUAUGGGAGGUCGUCAGCGGUGAGAUCAAGGCGGAACAGUGCGAGACUCAGUUGGACCAAGCGACGUACAAGAGGAAGUCAAGAAAGGCGAUGGCAGUGAUCUGUCUAGCCAUGGAAGAUUCCCAGCUACCGUUGGUCCGGUCGGCAAGUGGUGCAUGCGACGCAUGGUCAAGGUUGGAAGACCACUUCGAGAAGAAGAGUCUUGCCAACAAGCUGUUCUUGCGCCGUCGCUUCUUCACGACAAUGAUGGAAGAAGGCGACGAUGUGCUCGAACACAUCAACAAGCUCAAGACGCUGGCGGAACAGCUAGAAGCGGUGGGGGCUCCAGUCUGCGAGGACGAUCUGGUGAUCACACUCCUCGGCAGCCUGAGUGACUCGUAUCAAUUCUUGAUCACAGCUUUGGAGUCGCGCUCAGACACUCUUAGCUGGGAGCUCGUGACGUCUCGACUGCUUCAUGAAGAAAUGAAGCGGAAGGAGCAAGGAAGUAAAGGUGAUGAAGCUUCGCAAGGUCAAGCGUUCAUCACAAGGGACAAUCAGCGCAAAGGGCGACCAGUGAAGAAGUCCUGGUCGUGCCACAAUUGCGGAAAGAUUGGUCACUGGAUGGCGGAGUGCCCCUCGCGCAUCCAAGAAAACACGGAGAGGCACCGGCCACAGCGUGCUCAAGACAGCGGCGACCGCUAUCGAUCACAACGUGCAAACGUCGCUCAAGAAGAAGACUCGGGCGACUACCUCUUUUCGAUCGGUGAAACGACAUCUGCGAAAUCGAGCGACAUCUGGCUGGUCGACUCCGGGGAGACGCAGCACAUGACGUGCUCCAAGAAGUUCAUGCGGAACUACAAGGGGUUUGACGCUGUGGAUGUCCAUCUCGCGGAUGAUGGAAUCGUCCAAGCAAUCGGCAGUGGGGACAUUGUCAUGUCGAUGAAGACACCCCAAGGGAUGAAGAAAGGUGUGCUCACAAACGUGUGGCACAUCCCAAAGUUAUCCAGAAACCUGUUCUCGGUCGGCCGCUUCACCAAGGAUGUCGGCCCAGUGACGUUCACGAAGGAUGGGUGCUAUGGAGAAGCGAAAGGGACCAAGUGGAAAAUUGGUGCCCGUGAAGGUAAAGGACUGUUCAAGCUGCAAAUGACUCCAGUGGCGCCGGAACAAGCAAAUGCAGCCAAGUCGUCGGGAUGUCAAGGGGGCACCAAGUCGUACCUCUGGCACCUUCGGCUUGUGCCACAUAGGUCACGAUGGACUCAAUUGCAUCGUGACGAAGAACAUUGGAAUUGGCAUCGACAUAUCUUCGGUGAAGAAGUGGGACGUGUGUGA